AAAAAAAAAAAAGACCCCCCAAAAAAGGCAAAACAUUUGCAGCAGAAAGCUCAAAUUAAUGGCGUACCAAUCAAGAACUCGAAAAAGAGUCAAUGCAAUUUUGGUUCGUGCCCCUAAUGGAAGUGCCUUUCAAACUUGUGAAAGUUGUGGGGUUUCGGUAGCGGUUGCAUUGGUGGAUAUGCAUCAAUGUGAAAAUAAAAAAGGUGUCAAGAAAUUGAAAGUGAAAAAUAAGAUUGUGGAUGAAAAGAGGUUUCAAGAUCAGCCCAGAUCAGAAUUUAGAUUCUUCAUGGAAAGUUUUGUGAAGGAUUGUGACAUUAUAGGUCACGUGGAAAUGGACCGAAAAGGGUUUGAUACCUGGAAAAACAUGUCUUCCCAGGAAAGACUGAAAUACAAACUUCAAGCUAAGAAGGUGAAUGAUGCUUAUUAUCAAAAGAUAGUUGAAGAAGAGGAUCAAAUGGUUUCAUGUGUUGAUGAGGAGGCAGAUUCUGCAGAGGUUGGGAAAUUUGACAAGACUGUUAUAUGCAAUGACAACGAUUCUGAUAGUUCUUACUAUGAUGAUUAUGCUGCCGAGUCUGAUUGCAUAGGGCUUUUUCCAUGGUUGUGAUUGGUGGUAGUGCAUGGUGGACUAUCGGAUGGCGCUGGCAAGUCAUUUUGGCUAUUGUAUAGUAGAAUUCAAGUAGGAACAGUUGGUCAUUUUCCUUGUAAUUAUGGCAUUGCUGUGGAAAUCUUAGGUUUCUUAGAUUGUUUCAUAUCUUUGUCUUUUGAGGCUGUCCUUUUGCUUAGAAACAUGCCUUCAAGUUCAUAUCAAUGGAAAUGCUAUGAUAUUACUUUAGUAAAAA